AUGACUCACAGUAAAAAUAUAAUUAGCAUGUACAAUCAUAGAAAGACACACACACUUCUUGGGAUGAUCAGUAAUGACUGCUGUGUUUGAAAUGCCCAACUUGAUGAAAUUGUAGACAAACAUACCAAUUAUUGAAUAUUGAAGCCCCCAAAUUUGACGCUGUUAAAAGUGAAACUGGUAACUCUGUUAUUCUUUGUAGAAAGUGUUGGAGGUGGAAUCACUUGUAGAAUUUGGUUUCUUUCAAUGUCAUGUAUAUCUUCAGCUUCUGACCACUUGAAAUGUUGGCCCUCUAUGUUUCUUGCAUAUUUGACAGUGAAAUUAUCUUCAUCAGGAACAUUGAUAACCUCUCCCAGUCUCUUAGGUUUUUCUACAAGUUUCAAUCUUUGUGCAUUUCUCGCUCUGAGUUCAUCUUCAAGUUUAUGUUUUACCGGAAUGUUCAUCAGGAUUGCUGUAGAUGCUCUUUUCCGUCUUCUUCUAGUUCUAGGUCUAAUUACAAAAUAUGAAAGUAUUGAUACUUAAACAGACUCCCUUGGAGAAUCACAGAUACUAAGUGGUCUGUGUUCUGUAUGCAGGCAAAAAUUCAUCACUCUGAUGAAUACAUCAGAGUUAAAGACCAUGUACCUGAAAUGUGAAAACCACUAAUCACGUUGUUGUGUGUGAAAUCUUUAGGGAAAGCUCUACCAAAAAUCUCAGAGCUAUCAUGAAUAGAGACAGUUUUCCGUGGAUGCAUUGUCAUCCUGUCUCGUGCAGCAGAGCUAUCAAGUGGUUGCAUUUUAUGGGAUGCAGGGUGAGAAAUUGUCAAAUGAAUAAUUCCAUUUUCUUUCACAAAAUCUAUAGAUUCCAAACUAAUAUGACCAUAAUGAUUGUCCAUGAUGAUAAGCACUUUGUAUUCAGCACUGCAUUUCACGCAUUUCUGAAAGUGUUUUAAAAACAGAACAAUAUUAUCAGCUGUCAUCCAACUGCUGGAAUGAGUGGACCACUGUUUCCAGGAGGAGCUUCAUGCAGUAUCCUAACCUGCCAGUUCACAUGUGGAGGGAUAGUGAAUGAUGGAAUGUAACCACCUAAAGCAUAUAUUACACAACAUGCUGUCACAAAUUCACCUCUCUCAGAGGAAGUACUUUUCCUAUCUGUUUCUUUCCUCUUACAGCCACUAUUUUUCCUGGUUUGUGGACUGUAGUAAGACCUGUUUCAUCUGUGUUACAGAUAGAUUCUGGUCCAAGAAUUUCCCUAGUGAUAAUCUGGUGAAGAUUAUCAAAAAAAGAAAAACUAUCUAACAUUGUGUCUAAUUAAUGCUGCUUCCUCUGCUGCUACUGAUUCCUCUUGGUGUGUGGAGAGAGGUCAGGAUGCCUUCUCAUGAAACCUGUGAACCUGUCAUUUCCAACUUUGCCAUCUCUCUUCCAAUUUUCAGAAGGAAAUUCAUAUGCAAGUACACACCUUUUUGCACUCAGGCCAUGGUGUAAGUUGCUAGCUGUUUUGAAAUUUUCACAUCAAGAAUAUUCUUCCUCAUUUGAAAACACUUGUGACAUCUUGCAUGUAGGACAAUAAGAAAUUUCAAUAUCUUGAUUUAAUUGCUUCCUAACAUAAUGUUUUGAGGUUGUUAGCCUGUCUUGGAAUUCCUUUUAAGCUUCUCAAAAGUUUUUCCUUCCAAUGCAAGCCAUAACUACAAGUCCCAUACUUGUAAGAGUCCAUUUUUUUCCUAGCUUUGGCCCCCCUCUUUCCUUUUAUGUGUAAGAUCCAUAUUUCUGCAAUAUAAAGAAAAUUUUUAUACUUUUCAUUUUAAUUUACUAGGUUUGUUUCACUUUCACCCAUUUUAUAUAAUUUAAAGCAUUGGUAUAUGAUAUGAUUUGUUGGGUGUGGUAUGUUUUACAAUAAUGUGAUGCCACAAAAACAAUUAAAUCUUUGGGAAACAUUUGAAUAGGGACUCUUGAUCCCUGGACCAAGUAUCCCUAUAAGACAUGGAUAAACAAAAUUGUUUCUGAAUGCUCCCUAGUCUACAGUUAGCUUUUAUUUUCAGUUAUGCUUUAUGCCUUAAAAGUAUGAACUUUUACCAGAAAUAGUUAGCAGCAUUAUUUCUUACAUAAUUAAUAUGUAUAAAGAAAUAGAUUCACUUACUAAAAUAAAAGUCAGUUCAGUGAAAAAUCUUCGUUUCCUUCUUACUAGACAGUAAAUUGCAACAAUGCAAAUUACAACACUGGAAAAAUGGAAUGAAAGAAAUGCUAAUACCAACAGCAAAAAUUUUUAAUUUUGUAAAAUGGUCAAAGUAAUAGGAGGAACAAGUCUCCCCACUGUUUCUAGCCAUUCUCCCUUGCACUUUUACUGCACAAGCCGCUGGAUGUUAUCUUGAUGAGAGCACCUGCUGUCAUUGUUAUUGUGUUUUAGUUUAUUUAAAUUCAUUCUCUUGUACAGCGUAAGUGAAGCAGUAGCCUGUAUGCUUAAUUACUCGUUCCAGUUUUGUCAGUGUUGCCAGUGGAUGGUAUUUACUUAAGAAAGAAUAGUGUGUUCUCCGAAUCUUGUGAUGCUGGUUAUUGUAUUGCAUUGUAUUUAUACUCAUCUCAUAACAAACAUUUUACAGAUCAUCUGAUCGUAUUGUACAGGAGACUCAUCAAUGUUUGGCUUGUGAUAUACAUUGUUACAUUAUGUCUGAACACUAAUUUUACCAGCACAGGUGUUGAACACAUUAUUAAACUGUUUUUCUCAUGGUGUCCAGUACUUGGUGUCUGAAUUUUCAGACAUUAUUUUAUACAUACAGUAUUAUGCACAACACAAUGAUAUUGAAUACUCAGGCUGUUCAAAUGAUCCUCUCAUCGUUGAUAAAUUCCUCAGUUGAAUAGUAGCGCUUUUCAACCAGGAGAUCAUUUAGUUUUCGCUUCAGUGAGCCUGUCUCCAUGCUCAGUACAUCUGCACCCAUUGUAGACUUUUGUUCCCAUAUGCUUGUGUGUCUAUUGGUAGAGUUUUAGGUAAUGUGUUGGAAGCAUGAAAUUUUCUUCAUGUAUAGUAUUAUACGUAUGUUUGAAAUGGUUUUCUUCAAUUAUCUCAAGAUUAUAAUCACAAAUAUGUACAAUGCAGGAUUGAUAAUAUUUUUAGGUUCUUGAAGAGUUUAUGAGAGGAUGUUCUUGGAGAGGCAGCACACAUUUUCUAAUGAUUCUUUUCUGAAGUAGUAGGAUUUGUGGUGUGUGACUUGAAUUCCCCUCAAAAUUUAAACCAUGUCUAAUUAUGGAUUCAAAGUAACUGGUACACCACCUUCCUGCUGUUUAUGUCUGUUACAUCAAGUAGCACAUCCAUUGCAAAAGCAAGGCUGUUUAACUUAGUACCUAAUUAAUCUACAUGUGCUUGCCAGCUUAGAAUUUUUUCCAAUUUUAGUCCCAAGAAUUUGAUGGACUGAGCUUCUUCUGUACCUUGAUUUUUAUAUAUGAUACUGAUAUCACUGAUUUUGGAUUGUUUGAUUUUAAGUUGAGUAAACAGGAUCUUUGAAAUAUUAAGUUUCAGACCAUUUUGUUGAAACCAUGUUGUUUAGUGUGUUUAUUACUGUAUCCAGAAUUUCCCUCACAUUUUCUUUCCCAAUAAGUGCUGAAGUAUCAUCGGCAAACGUGACUGGUUGGGCACUGACAUUGAGAGGUGAAUCAUUCAUGUAAAAGAGAAACAAGAUUGGCCCUACGAUUGAGCUUUGAGGAACUCCGUGUGAAAUUGUGUCCUAAUGAGAUGUAUACUUUAUGGUGCUAGAUGUUAUGAUUACUCUUUGCUUCCUGUUUGUCAGAUCACAUCUAAGCCACUGUAGAGCAUUUUGUCAGAUACCUUACCUGUCUAGUUUGUGAAGCAGCAUGGAGUGAUUCACUGAAUUGAAUGCCUUUGAAGGGACACAGAAGGUACCUGCCACUUUAUCACUUUUGUCCAGUAAUGAGCUGGUUUUUUUCAAUGAAUUAAUUGAUUGCAUUCAUGAUUCUUUUCCCUUUUUGGAACCCGUAGUGGUUUUUGAGAAUAACAUGAUGUUUGUGAUAAAAUUUAUCUGGACUGCUGCAGUUUUUUUUAAAAAAUGCUUUGGAUAACACUGGGUAGGGUACAGGUAGAAUGGUAAUUUUCUGUAUCUUCCCUUGAGCCUUUUUUGUGUAGUGGUAUAACUGCUGCAUACUUAAGUACACCAAGUAAGUUGGCUUGCUCAAAUGUCUGACUGAUUAUUAGAGAUAGAGGGUGUACAAUUUUACGAGGGUAUUUCGAAAAGUAAAGAUACACUGUACACCUGAGGAACAGAAGAGUUUUGGCGAGCAAGUUGGCAACACUGGUGUUAACCUUGAAUCGUUUGCUAUCUCCUCGCAGUUGUUUGGCAGUUGAAUGUUGCUUCUGGUUGGAGUAGGUUGUGUUUAAAAUGGCUGUUCCGAUUUAGAAUCCCGCUAAAUGCAAAGUGCGCUCCAUCAUACAUUUUCUUCAUGCAAAAGGUCAGCGACCAGUGGAUAUUCACAAAGAAAUUGUUUCUGUUUAUGGGAACAUUAUGAAUCAACAAAAUGAAAUGAAAUGGUGUCGUCAUUUCUCUGAAGGUAGGACUGAGGUUCAUGACGAACAAAGAACAGGUCGGCCUUCUGUGAUCUUUGAUGCCCUUCUUUGGAGAACGGAGGAUGCAAUUCGUGCGAAUAGACGUCUCACAUUGAAAGAAUUGCAUCAGAUCAUACCGGAUGUGUCAAUGACCACUCUUUAUGACGUUGUGACUGUCAAGUUAGGAUACAGGAAAUUGUGUGCGCACUGUGUUCCAAAAUUGUUAACGGAAGAACAUAAAAAGAAAAGGAUGGGCUUUGCACUUGGCUUCCUCUCAUGCUAUGCUGAAGCAGGCGAUGAGUUCCUUGAUCGCACUGUGACAGGUGACGAGAUGUGGGUUUAUCACCAUACACCUGAAUCCAAGCAACAAUCAAUGCAAUGGCGCCAUUCGAAUUCACCAAAAGCCAAGAAAUGCAAAACGUCGAUUUCAGCUAAGAAAAUCAUGGCUUCUGGUUUUUGGGACAGACAAGGCAUUCUUCUGUUGGAAUUUAUGCCUCCUGGAACGACAAUUAAUGCUGCUGCAUAUUGCCAGACUUUGAAACCUCUUCAAAGGGCAAUUCAAAACAAACGGAGGGGAAUGCUGACAAGUGGAGUCCGCUUGCUUCAUGACAACUCUCGGCCUCCCUUAGCGCUUGUAACCAAAGCACUACUCAAACAAUUCAAAUGUGACGUAUUGGACCUUCCGCCAUACAGCCCAGACCUUGCGCCCACCGACUUCCAUGUCUUCCGUUACCUGAAGUCACAUCUUGGUGAAAAAUCAUUCCACGACGAUGAAGAGAUCAAAGAUGAAAUUGAAAUGUGUUUCCAACAACAGGCGGCAACCUUCUAUGACUGUGGGAUACAAAAGCUUGUGCACCGACUUAACAAAUGUUUGGAUAACGGGGGUGGUUAUGCCGAAAAAUAGCAAAUAAUCCAAUUAAUAAGAUUUAGCUGACGUUUUCUAAAUAGAUGUUCUAUUUAAGGACUGCGAGCCAAUGUAUCUUUACUUUUCGAAAUGCCCUCGUAUCAUAGACAAAUGUAAUUACUUCACUGGGUACUUGCUUCCACCUUGAAGAUUUUUUGUUUUUUUAAGGACAAAAUACAAUUUUUUAUAUUAUUGGUUGAGACUUUACUAAAUGCCACAAGCAGGUCACUGUUCUGGUCCAAGCCAAAGAUAUGUAAGUUUUGAUAAGUAAUCACAUCAGCCUUAGACUUUGCUACAUUUAUGAGAAAUUUAUUAAAGCAUUGAGAUAUUUGAACAGGAUUCAAAAUAUCUUCAUGCAUCUAUAUUUAAAUUGGAUGAUGGUGGGACUUCAGCUGGUAUAAUUUUUAUUAAAAAUGAAACUCCUUCAGCUGUACUCAAGAUUUUAUAUUUAUUUGUCUACUAGUUUCGAUGUUGCGUCAACACCAUCUUCAGGCCCAUACACUUUGAUGAUAUCAAUUGUGUGUGGCUGAGUACUAGAAGUCCAUGGUGAGACCCACACAUGCUCCACAUGGAUGGUGGGCAGUGGAGCACGGACUUUUGUACUCAGCCACACACAAUUGAUAUCAUCAAAGUGUACGAGCCUGAAGAUGGAGUUGACGCAAUGUCAAAACUAGUAGCCAAAUAAAUAUGAAAUCUUAAGUACAGCUGGAGGAGUUUCAUUUUUAAUAAGGAUUCAAAAUAGGUCAGACUUUGCUACAUUUAUGAGAAAUUUAUUAAAGCAUUGCGAUAUUUGAACAGGAUUCAAAAUAGCAUUGUUUUAUUUAAUUUUUGAAAUUUCCUGUUGUUUAGCCACUGUACCUAAUUUGGAUUUAAUAGCAGACCAUAAUGCCGAAGACUUAUUGUUAUGUGCUAAAAUGAACUUACAAUUUGACAUUCUUUUGGCAGUUUUUACAAUACCUUAACUUUGUAAUGUUUCACAUAGUUAAUAAAGUCAGAAUUCUUUUUGUGUUUCAGCUCUUUAUGCAGCUCUCAUUUUCUACCACUAGAUGUUUUUAAUUCUGGAGGAAUCACAUUUAGUUUCCUUUUGGCCUCUUGUGCCAGAUCCUUGGUUGGUAUGAUUUAUUGAACACAUCUAGAAAACUUCUUAGAAAUUUAUCAAGCCAUGCGGGGUAGC